UCACUACACCAAAUAAUCGCUUCCUACGUAUCACCAAAACUGUUCUAUCUAACCACAACAAUGUAUAAAAGUGCAUGUUAUAGUUUCUGAAUGAGUAUUUGUUCAAAAUGUCGUGGCUCCAAGCUAGCAUAUUUAUAGCCUACGGUUGUCUAAUGUUGUGCAACAAAAGUGAAAACCGGAGCUGUAAACAAGGUCCUUCUCUUGAGACACUCUUACGCUUAUUGGAAAUUCGAAACCAAAUGAAGUACCCUUCUCAAGAGCAACCGCCGCGUACAGUGGUACCUUAUCCCUACUGUAAAACAUCUGAUAAUAUUGAAACAAAAAAAUCAACAUCAGGAUCUGCUUUAGAGUGCAGAAUUAAACUGCCUUGUUACAACGGCAGGCCUUGUAAAACGAAUAUAUACGUUCAACUACCUAUUUCUAUGUUUCCCAAACAACCAGACGAGUCAACCAAACCAGUAGAGAAAAAAGACGAACCAGAAGAUGGGACGUCAAAGGCUGCGAACACCAAGAAUGGUGCAAAUGAUGGAAAAAAUGAAAAACCUAGUGACAAAUCAUCUACAGACACAAAUUCAGAAGACUCAUCCAAACCAGCUGACAAAAAAGAUGAGCCAAAAGAAUUAAAAACCGAUGAUGAGACAAAGCCUGUCGGCGAUGAAAAAUCAAAGGAUGCAGAGACCGCGGAUGGUGCAAAGAGUGAAAAAGAAGACAAACCUAGUGACAAAUCUUCUACAGACACAAAGCCAGAAGAUUUUUCCAAACCAGCUGACAAAAAAGAUGAGCCUAAUGAAAUACAAACCGAUGGUCAGAUAAAGCCUGCUGGCGAUCAAAAAUCAAAGGAUACAAAGACCGCGGAUGGUGCGAAGUGUGAAAAAGAAGACAAACCUGGUGACAAAUCAUCUCAAGACACAAAGCCAGAAGAUUCAUCCAAACCAGCUGACAAAAAAGAUGAGCCAAAAGAAAUAAAAACCGAUGAUGAAACAAAGCCUGCGGGCGAUGAAAAAUCAAAGGAUGCAAAGACCGCGGAUGGUGCAAAGAGUGAAAAAGAAGACAAACCUAGUGAUAAAUCAUCUACAGACACAAAGCCAGAAGAUUCAUCCAAACCAGCUGACAAAAAAGAUGAGCCAAAAGAAAUAAAAACCGAUGAUGAGACAAAGCCUGCGGGCGAUGAAAAUUCAAAGGAUGCAAAGACCGCGGAUGGUGCAAAGAGUGAAAAAGAAGACAAACCUAGUGACAAAUCAUCUACAGACACAAAGCCAGAAGAUUCAUCCAAACCAGCUGACAAAAAAGAUGAGCCAAAAGAAAUAAAAACCGAUGAUGACACAAAGCCUGCGGGCGAUGAAAAAUCAAAGGAUGCAAAGACCGCGGAUGGUGCAAAGAGUGAAAAAGAAAACAAACCUAGUGAUAAAUCAUCUACAGACACAAAGCCAGAAGAUUCAUCCAAACCAGCUGACAAAAAAGAUGAGCCAAAAGAAAUAAAAACCGAUGAUGAAACAAAGCCUGCGGGCGAUGAAAAAUCAAAGGAUGCAAAGACCGCGGGUGGUGCAAAGAGUGAAAAAGAAGACAAACCUAGUGACAAAUCAUCUACAGACACAAAGCCAGAAGAUUCAUCCAAACCAGCUGACAAAAAAGAUGAGCCAAAAGAAAUAAAAACAGAUGAUGAAACAAAGCCUGCGGGCGAUGAAAAAUCAAAGGAUGCAAAGACCGCGGAUGGUGCAAAGAGUGAAAAAGAAGACAAACCAAGUGAUAAAUCAUCUACAGACACAAAGCCAGAAGAUUCAUCCAAACCAGCUGACAAAAAAGAUGAGCCAAAAGAAAUAAAAACCGAUGAUGAAACAAAGCCUGCGGGCGAUGAAGAAUCAAAGGAUGCAAAGACCGCGGAUGGUGCAAAGAGUGAAAAAGAAGACAAACCUAGUGAUAAAUCAUCUACAGACACAAAGCCAGAAGAUUCAUCCAAACCAGCUGACAAAAAAGAUGAGCCAAAAGAAAUAAAAACCGAUGAUGAAACAAAGCCUGCGGGCGAUGAAGAAUCAAAGGAUGCAAAGACCGCGGAUGGUGCAAAGAGUGAAAAAGAAGACAAACCUAGUGAUAAAACAUCUACAGACACAAAGCCAGAAGAUUCAUCCAAACCAGCUGACAAAAAAGAUGAGCCAAAAGAAAUAAAAACCGAUGAUGAGACAAAGCCUGCGGGCGAUGAAAAUUCAAAGGAUGCAAAGACCGCGGAUGGUGCAAAGAGUGAAAAAGAAGACAAACCUAGUGACAAAUCAUCUACAGACACAAAGCCAGAAGAUUCAUCCAAACCAGCUGACAAAAAAGAUGAGCCAAAAGAAAUAAAAACCGAUGAUGAGACAAAGCCUGCGGGCGAUGAAAAAUCAAAGGAUGCAAAGACCGCGGAUGAUGCAAAGAGUGAAAAAGAAGACAAACCUAGUGAUAAAUCAUCUACAGACAUAAAUCCAAAAGACUCACCUAAACCAGCUGACAAAAAGGAUGAGCCAAAAGAAAUAAAAACCGAUGAUGAGACAAAGCCUGCCGGCGAUGAAAAAUCAAAGGAUGCAAAGACCGCGGAUGGUGCAAAGAGUGAAAAAGAAGACAAACCUAGUGACAAAUCAUCUACAGACACAAAGCCAGAAGAUUCAUCCAAACCAGCUGACAAAAAAGAUGAGCUUAAAGAAAUAAAAACCGAUGAUGAAACAAAACCUGCCGGUGAUGAAGCAUCGAAGGAUGCAGAGAGCGCGGAUGAUGCCAGUGGUGAGAAAAAAGAUGAACCUAGUGAUAAAUCAUCUACAAACACCAAACCAGAAGACUCAGCCAAACUAGGUGAUAACAAAGAACAGCCCAAAGAAAAUACAACCUCUGAUGGGGCUAAACCUCCCGUGAACGAGAGUUCAAAGGAUGGAGGUAGUACAGGUGCUGCAAAUGAUGGGAAAACGCCGGAAGCUAGUAAGACGAGCUAGUAGGACAAGUAGGACAACCUGCUGCUUAACGUUCUCCGGAUCCCCAACGAGUGUG